CGCUACGCCAUUUUGCCACUGCAAAAACUAGUGAAGAGCUCAUGGGAUGGGAAGUUGAAUUUACGACUAAGUUCGAUAAUUCGAUAGUGUUUUUCUUCAUUCGUCAUUCCAUCACUUUUGUUGUGUUUAUUUAUAUUUUGAUAAAAUGGGAGACUCGAAGAAAUUUAUUCUUGAUAUGAAUUCUUGUCGAAUUUGUUUAGUGAAGAAGAAACCACUAUGCCCCUUGUUCAAAUACAAGUUAUCGGGAAACUAUGCAGAGAUGCUUACAGCCAUAGCUGAUGUGAAGGUGGCUUCCAAUGAUGGGUUACCUGACAAAAUUUGUACUAAAUGCUGCACAGCCUUGGAAAAAGCAUUUCUGCUCAAAACAGUUGCAGAGAGGACUGACAAGUUACUUCAGAAAAACUUAUCAAAGAUUCUAGCGAAGCGUCCAACAAAGAAGAUAUCUUUUGAUUCUCUCACAGACAUCAAGAGUGAGAUUGGACCUCUAAACAUUAAAAAUGAGCCCAAAUGGGAGAUGGAGAUUGAAGUUCUGGGCGACACCAGCACGAAAGCUGUAGAUAGUGUGGAUGGCAAAGAUAUUGUUAUAGCCAACACUGUCAUAAGGAAAUUUGAUGGAAAGUCAGAAGAUGUUAAAAAUGACUUCUUUAAUGAUGAUGUCGACAUUUCUUGGAAGACCAUUAAAACUGACCCAAAAAGUGAAGAUGGAGAUGUGGAAUACCUGGAUGAUAACUUUUUCCAAGAUGAUGAUUACGAUGAUCAAGACUAUGUUCCUCCUAAAAAAGAGAAAGGCAAGACCAAGUUUAAAAAACCUAAGUUAUCUGACAUAAAAGUUUACAAGGAAAAAAAAGUAUUAGGCAAAGUUAAAGUAAUCAAACAGGAAAGUGGAGAGGGCAAAGCCAAUUUGAUAACAUGUUAUCCUGUGACAAAGAAUGGUUCGCGCGGUGCCCCAAUUCUUCUAAAGCGGCCGAAAGAUGCCACAAUACUGAAAGUGCAUCCAAACUACAAGUCAAAGAAGCCUGGGGAAACACAAAGUCGCGUUCCAAUCCGAGACAAACCCCUCAGAGUGGUGCGAUCUGCUAAACCUGCUCCGACCAAGCAGAAGGAGAAGCUGGUUUGUCCGGUGUGCGGCAUACUCACAUUCACUCUCGGCAACCAUAUGACUACUCAUCAAGAAAAGAAGAAGUACAGUUGCACGGAAUGCACGAAGACAUUCUCUCAGAAGACGAACCUGCAGAUCCACAUGAAGCAGCACUCCGGCAUCAAGGACCACAUCUGCGAGAUCUGCGGAGCCGGCUUCUACUGCCAGAAGGGACUGUUGAGGCAUAACUUAAUUCAUAAAGGAGAAAGACCAUUUGGCUGCACUUUAUGUCCGAAGAGAUUCAUCGCUAAGAGUGCCCUGAACGUCCAUAUGAAGAUCCACAGGGGGGUGAAAGCGUUCCGCUGUGAUAUCUGCCAGAUGAGCUUCACUCAGGGGCACCAUCUGAAGAACCAUGAGUUGACGCACACCGGCGACCGACCCUUCCAUUGUCAGGUCUGCAACGUCUCCUUCAGCUACAAAGUGAACCUCAACAACCACGUGUUCAAGUUCCACGGCAUCAACUUGAAGUUCAAGUCCAUCCACGUGGUAACAGAAGAGAUUCUGAGACGGGAGAUGGACAUGGCGGGCGAGGCUCGUAUAGCCAUCUCGAAUAUUCUACCGAGCCUCGACGUGGCGCCGCCGCCGGCCGCGCAUGAAACUGUUGCCGGCGACUACUAGAUGGAAACGGAGCUAGUUCGUGUUCCGCUCGCUAGAUGGCGCUAUUGUGAGUUUUUGUUGAGUACAUCUGUUAAUUUUGUUGCAGUGCAAAAUGCUGUGAUUUGUAGUUGGGGCUCUAAAAUCUGAAAUACUGAUUGUGUUUUCGCAUCUCACUUAUUGGCCAACAACUUGGCAAACCUUCGGAUCCUGAAUGAUAUAAUAUCAUGAGAUUAGUUAAUUGAAAGUGAAUCACAAAUUAAUGAAUCAUGAACUAAUGAACAUGAACCCAGUAGAUGGCAGCACCUGCCUCAUGUUACUCUUAUCAUGUUUAGAGAUGAGAGAGAUGGACUCUUAAUAAUUUUGUGAUCUCGAUCGGGUAAUUUAAUUAAUUGUGAUUAUAUUUAAUAAUAUUUUAAAUAUAUAAUGAUUCUUCGCAUUUGUUAACAUAAACCACUGUGAUUUUCAAUAAAUUAUUAUGAUUUUCUGAUUUAUCAGUAAGUAUAAUAACGAAUGUUUCGUAGCAAAAAAACAUUUGUUCGUAUAAUAUACUUAAAUAGAACUAGCAUUUUCAUUAUAAUAAGAAGUCAACAAAGUCAUCUCGAAACCCUGUAAAUUUUUAAUUUAAGUUACAUUAAAAAAAUACUUAAAAUAGUACUUCUGAACUAUAUUUUUAAUUGUAACUGAUGUUAGUAAGUGCCUGUAAAUACAUGUCUGUAUAUCGUAUUAUAUGAAAUUAAAGUUUUUUUUAGAAA